AUGAUCCGUUUAUCGACUGUGCAGUGAAGGCAAAGAAACACACGAGUUCGCUAAGUUACCGGUACUGGUACUAGUACCUGGUACAUGCAUGUAUGCGAUGGAUACGUUGCGGAAGGAUGAGAGGCACACAAAUUUAGAUUCGAAAACACAAUUUCACUCACAAAUCAAAAAACUUUCAACAUCAAGAGAAGAUAGCAAAAGUCACCAUGGCACCUCUUUCGGUACUCAUUCGGCGCUUCUGGCUAGCGGUGGUGCUGCCAAUGAUCUUUCACUUGAGCCCAACUACCAAUGCCGUCAGCCUGGACCAUGACGUCCAACAAAGAUCCAUGUUGGAAGAAAGCACCUUGCCUUUCCUGCUGGUCUGGCGCCUUGAGGUGAAUUCAGCGUUUGAUCGUCAGCCAAAGAUGCGAGAAUACGGGGGAGUGGCUCAAGCCACGGCGCAAUGGCUGACAGACACUCUUCCAAUCUUGGAAUCAUUCAAUAGUGCUCAAACCAGUUUGAAAGAAGUCAUGGCUACAGUUUCAGCGGCCACUUGGGAUCCUUCACGUUCCAUUGGCCCUCACACCAUCAGUUUGAAUUGCCUAGUGGUCCUUGAAAACGAGCAGAGACUUUCCACGGAUCAUCUCAGUGAACUGAUCGGGGACAUUGGACGUGAUGAGCUGUCAGCCUUUGUCACUCAAUACAUCCGAAUCAUAGGACCUUCGACAAGUGUUUUCCAAUACACAAGUCAACCGGCAACCUUUGUCUCGCAGGUUUCCUCAAUGGGCAACGGCAACGCGCCACAGCCGGCUCCGAUUGAGUUGACCCCAGCAUCGCCAGCAGCCUCUCCGUCCGCCAUGGGUGCCCCACAGCAGGACCGAACAGGCGGCACUUUUCUCAAUCCAGUACUCUCGCCAGCUGCUGCCCCCACCGCCGCCAAUGGGCAGCAGCCAACCCCAGCCCAAAACCCCAUGGGCAGCUUGUCCUCCAACAACAACGUCUUCUCGACAACUCCUGGAGUCUUCUCGUACGGUGGAACGGGCUUGGCCAGUCGCGGACCGACACCAGCGGAAUUGGCAGGUUUACUCGAGAGUACUCGCAGCUUUCUCGAGUCCUCCCUCCAAGCUCACUAUGCCCAAGAAGCACCGAGGAACGGCGCGUUUGUGGGUGUCACAAUGGAAUGGACUGAAACCGAAUUCCUGUCCUCUUCGACACUCUCCCAUGUUUUGCGUGCCGAUAUUCACUUGUGGUAUCACCCAAGUCUUCCCACCGAAUGGGUGGACUACUACAUUUUCCUCUUGACCGAUAUGUUGGGCGGUGCAAACACUCCAACCUACGUCCUCAACCAUGUGCGCCAGUCAAGCGACAGCAUCUACCGAUCCGUGCAACAGUUCACCUUUGACUUUCGCGUAUAGAACUAGCUAGCUUGCUGAUGGCGAAUGCUUUUCAUGCCUGUUGGCUGCUUCAAGAGAGGCUAUUAGAUGGCUAGCAAUACCUGCUCUUUCAGGGCCAAAGAAUAGAUCUAUCCUGCAAUAGAUGUAAAGUGAAACUAGAUCUUGAAUGCCUUUCUCGCU